AUGAAUUAAAUGGAUGGAUUGAUUGAGGAGAAUACAUAAUUAAAGAAAGCAAUAAUAUCUUCGAAGGCUGUUAUAUCAAGAAAGAUAAGUAUAUAAAAUAAUAGCAUCAUUUAGAUGAAUUUGAAACUUUGCAAGCUAUUAAUGAUGAAUUAAAAUUGUAAGUUGAUAAAUUGAAAUUGGAAAAUAAUGAAUUAAAUUAAAAAAUUAGAAUUGCAUUUCAUGAAAAAAAAUAAACAGAAUAAUAAUUUGAUAAUGCAAGCAAAAAUUGGAAAUUGUUAAUUGAACAAAAAUAACGAGAAUUAGAAGAAAUAUAAAAUAAAUUAAGUCCAUCUUUUGAUUAAGAUAUGAUAAGAAUAAAAUUAAUUAAUGAAUUAGAAAUACCUCAUAGAUAACAACUUGAAGUUAAAUAGAAUGAGAUAGAAAAAUUAAAUGAAAUAAUAUAUUAAUUAAAAAGAAAUUUGGAUCUUGAAAUAGCAAAAGUUGAAACAACAAAAUUAGAAAAUGGAAAAGAAAUAAAAUUACUUUAAGAUAGAUUUAAAUUAGAUAAAUCUGAUUUAUAAUAUUAAAUAGAAGAAUUAACAAAAAUAAUUGAAGAUAGUAAGGAUAGAGAUUUAAUAAGAAGAUUAAGAAAAGAUUUAGAUGAAUAUAAAUUGAAGUUUAAUAACUCAGAUUCUGAAAAUUAAGAAUUAAGAAAUGAGAGAGAUAAAAUAAGAGAAGAGAAAAAUGAAAUAAUGAUUAAAUUUGCUAGAUAGAUAGAUUAAGAAAGAAAUGAUAAACGUUAAUAUAAAAGUGAUUUUGAUAAACUCUAAGUUCGUACAAGAUUUGUAGAGGAUGAAUUAAGAAAAGAGAAAUAAAGAAGAGAAUAAAUUAGUACUGAUUUUGAAAUUUUAAAAACUGAAAAAGAUUAAUUAUUAACAGAUAUUAGAAAAAAGGAUGAUACUAUACAUUAUUUAUAAAGAAAAAUAGGAGAUAUGGAAGAAGAACAAUUAGAAUAAGAAUAAAAAGUUUAAGAUAAAUUAACUCGUUUAUAUUAAGAUGAACAUGAUAAAUAUUUAUAAGAGAGAAACAAAGCUGUUACUUUAUAAAAAGAUGUUGAUAAUUUAAAAAAAAGAUUUAGUGAUUUAUAAGAUGAUUAUAAAAUAUUAAAAGAUAGAUAUUUAAAAGAAAAUAAUGAUAACAAAGAUGCAAAUAAAAUAUAAAUUGAAGAAAUUGAAAAAUUAAAGAAAACUCUUUCUUAAUAAUUAAAAGAUAUUGGAGAUUUAGAAAGAUCAAAUAAAAAUAGAGAAGAAUAAAUACAUGAUAUUGAAAAUGAAAAUGAAACUUUAAAAAGAAGAAAUAGAGAAUUAUAACACAGAAUUUAAUUGAUUGAAGUCAAUCCUUUACCUUCUCCAUAAUAAGCAUAAAUGAUAUUUAAUUAAUCAUAAUUCCCAAGUUUUGCUUAAGUACCUUAGUAUGCUUAAUAAAUAUAAGAAUAAUAUGAUACUAAACCUAAACCUAAUACAUCUGUUUAAUCAGAAAAUGAACUUUAAAAUAAAAAUUAAACUUUAAAGUAAACUAUUUAAUAGAUUACAGAAGAAAAUAAAAACUUAAUUUAAAAGAAUAAGAAACUAAGUACUAAAUUAAAAGAAGCAAAUGAUAAGAUUUUGGAACUUUCAAUGAAAAAUACUCUUCUACAAAAACAAUUACAAAAAUUCAAUUCUGUCCCUUCUAUUAAUCAUUAAGGAUAAUAUGGAAAUUAGACUCAUUCUUAAUCUCCUCUUAGAUAUGAUUAUGAAAAUUAUGAAUAAUAGGAUAUAAGGUAUGAAUAACAAAUUCAUACUGAUACAAGAUUGGAUAGAUUUGAUAGGCAAGAUAGAUAUGCUUAACCUUCUUAUGAUAAAUAUAGAUCUAAAAAUUAAUCAGGAACAAAUUAAUAAACAAAAUAGGGUUUUCAUAAUGAAAUUCAUGAUGAUGAUUUACUUAAUAAAGUAAUGAUGUUGACUAAUAAUAAUAAUACCAGUUAGACUAAAUAUUGGUGA